UUGGAAUCUUCUCUCAUUAAAAGUUGUUCGUCUCCAAGGAAUGGAGUCUUCCAGCCCCUGCCACCACUCUGUCUUUAUAUACGAGAAGACUAGUUCAUUUGCAAUUCUAUCAAUAUUAUUCACAUACUACUCUUGACUACCAAAUCAAGAACUACUUCUACCUCAAAUUAAUCUUUCUUCAACUCCCAUAGUAUCUUUCUGAAAUGGGACAGCUACACAUCGUCUUUCUUCCGAUGAUAGCUCAUGGCCACAUGAUUCCAAUGUUAGACAUGGCGAAGCUCUUCACCUCAAGAGGCCUGAAAACGACUAUCAUCGCCACCCCAGCUUUCGCCGCCUCCGUAAAGAGAGCCCGAGAAUCCGGACACGACAUCGGCCUGACCAUCGUCCAAUUCCCACCGAAGGGAUCUUCGUUGUCCGAUAAUAUAAUGAGCUUUGAUCAAAUAACCACACCUGCUUUGCUUCCCAAGUUCGUAGAGGCCCUGUCUCUGCUGCAAGAACCAGUCGAGAAACUCCUCCAAGAACUGAAUCCGAAUUGUCUUCUUUCUGACAUGUUCUUCCCGUGGACUGUUGAUUCUGCUGCCAAAUUUGGUAUUCCCAGGCUGGUUUUCGGCGGAACCAACUGUUUCUCGCAGUGUAUUUCAGAGCAAAUGCAUCUCCACAAGCCAUUCAAGAACAUUUCCGCUGACUCUGAGCCCUUUGUCGUUCCUGAUCUUCCAGAUAAGUUGACGUUUACAAGGACACAAGUUGCCCCGUUUGUGCUAGAGGAAGGCACUAAGAAUGAGUUUUCGAAACUGCGGGAGGAAAUGAGAGAGUCGGAGAAGAGAAGCUAUGGAGUUGUCUUCAACAGUUGCUACGAGCUUGAAUCGGCUUACGCCGAUCACUACAAGAAGGUUUUGGGGAGAAGGGCGUGGCACAUAGGCCCGCUUUUCUUAUGCAACAAAGCUGGAGCCGAAGAAAAAGCACAAAGAGGAAAAGAAUCAGACAUCAAGGAACAGGAAUGCUUGGCCUGGCUAGACUCCAAGAGGCCUAAUUCCGUCGUUUACGUCUGUUUCGGAAGCAUGGCUAGCUUUACCCCCGCACAGUUGCGCGAAACAGCAAUCGGGCUUGAGGCAUCCGGCCAAGAUUUCAUUUGGGUCGUGAGGAAAGGAAAAAACGUGGGAGAAAACGAAGAUUGGAUGCCUCAAGGAUAUGAGGACAGAAUUAAAGGUAAAGGGCUGAUCGUAAGGGGAUGGGCUCCCCAAGUGAUGAUUCUUGAUCAUCCAGCAAUAGGGGGUUUCGUGACGCACUGUGGCUGGAACUCUACUCUGGAGGGGAUAUGCGCUGGGGUCCCUAUGGUCACAUGGCCGGUUUUUGCAGAGCAGUUCUACAAUGAAAAGCUGGUGACGGAGGUUUUGAGAACUGGAGUUUGUGUUGGCAAUAAGAAGUGGCAGAUGGGGCCAAGCGAAGGCGUUCCGAGGGAAGCGGUAACGAAGGCGGUGGAGCGGAUUAUGGUGGGAGAAGAAACCUCGGAAAUAAGAAGCAGAGCGAAGUAUUAUAAGGAAAUGGCAAGAAAGGCUGUUGAAGAAGGGGGGUCUUCUUACAAUAGUCUGAAUGCUUUGAUAGAUGAAUUGAGCAGCUAUCGCCCGCCGGCGCCGGAGAUACAAGCCGUAAAUUAGGAUCUUUUGGUGAAGUUUCCAGCUUUAUUAAUGAUCUCCAUCAUAUCAUUAACUUCGUUGUACUUUGAAAGCAAUCCAACUUGCAUAGUAUGGGCAGAUGAUUGUUGACAGUACCAGUCUAUCUGUGUAGUCCAAAUAUCUAUCGCGUGUGUGUGUGUAGCAAAAGAGUACACAUGUUUUUACUCAAACCGAGUAAUCGUUCAACAUAUUGAUAA